GCUAGGUAGGGAUACAGACUUCAGGCACAUGCAUACUCCUUGCAUGCGUACGCAGAUGCAAGCACAUGCUGAUUUCACACACUGAAAUUCAAGGUAGUGUAAGAGGUAGUAAGUGAAGACAGCAAUAGUCCUGCUGAUAAAGAACCUUCUCCUUUAAGAGAAGGCACUAAAGGUAGAACUCUUCAACCACUGUUUCUAAUAAUCCAUCAGGAAAAGCAUCACAAUCAUGAAUGGGCCAGUGGAUGGUUUAUGUGAUUACACACUGGAUGAUGAAGGGGCUUUCAUGUUCACAUCGGAGUCGGUGGGAGAAGGACAUCCAGAUAAAAUCUGCGAUCAAAUCAGCGAUGCUGUAUUAGACGCCCAUCUCAAACAGGACCCAAAUGCCAAAGUUGCUUGUGAGACAGUAUGUAAGACAGGAAUGGUGUUGCUCUGUGGGGAGAUCACAUCUCGUGCUAUUGUGGAUUAUCAGCGAGUUGUCCGAGAUGCAAUUAGACAUAUUGGCUAUGAUGAUUCAGCUAAAGGCUUUGACUACAAGACUUGUAAUGUUUUAGUGGCACUGGAACAGCAGUCACCUGAUAUUGCCCAAGGUGUUCAUCUACACAGGGAUGAAGAGGAUGUUGGUGCUGGAGAUCAG